GGGAGAAGUCCAGGUGGUGAUUUGGGAGCAUGGCUUCCCCCAAGGCAGGCGAUCGCCCCAAAACAAACCUUAAUGUGGUGCACAACGAGGAAAUAUGGAAAGAACAUGUGCGCCAUGAGACCAAUUCCCAGUUGAGAAUAUGGCCGGGUCGGUGGGGGUUUCUCAUUCACGAGUAUGACAAGCUUGACAGAAUACUGGCCAUGGAAUCCCCGCUGUCUCGAGCGUCAUCUACCGACAAACCCGACAGCCUCGGUUUCAAGCUGCCCCCGAUACCCAAAGUCAAAGCUCUCGAUCCUACCGAUCGGUACCCAUUAACAACCACGCAGAUGAUUGGAUGGAAGUCGGCAAAGACAGGCAACAUGUUCGACUUUUACGAGAAUGCAUUUGACAUAAAGUCUAGAAACAAGUUUGCCCUUCCUAAAUUAACUAUCUUGGACGCUGUCUAA